GCCCCUCUUCGUCAGCGCACAGCAGGCCGUUCGUUCCCUUCCAAAUUUCCAAUCACCAUUGCCCUCGUCGCGAUCAAUCCAGUGCUCGCGCACGUGGUCAGCGAUCAAUCCAGGCCACGCCACGAAGGUGGAUUCGGCGAUGGGCAACACGAAGGAAGGCCACGCACGCCGCGAAGGUGGGUUCGGCGAUGGGGAACUCGAAGGAGGAAAAGUUACGGAAGCAGUUGAAGAGGUAUGAGGAGUAUAGGAGGAAGAUGGAUGAGGAAGAGCUUCAUCGGGAUCCAGAGGAGCUAACAGACCCUUACGCCUAUCAAGCAAGGUUGUUUGAAGAAAGGUGGAACGUGCUCUAUCUGAAUCGCUAUGGUCGCUUCGAAGACAACACAUCUAUCCCUUGCAAGCGGUAUACAGUUAAUCCUGCGCCAUAUGGUGGUCGUAAGAGCGAUACUCUGCAGGUGUUUUCUGUCAAGGUCGCAGAACUAACAGGAGGUUUACAGUGGCCGCUCGAUGUGUUUGGUAUGGUUGCGCUACGUGACUUAUUAGAUCACAACCGCAAUAUUAUCUUCAAGCGCGAAAGGGAAUCCAUAUUUAGUACUGACAGGUCCCGUGCGUGGUGUUGUGUUCGCUGGUCCUGUGGUCUUUGGGGUUCUGUUGUAUGUGAGGGGGGCGCCACUGAGUCCGGUGACAAAGAAUUAAGCCUGCUAGCUGCUAGUCUCACCAUGUUCUCUAAUUGCCCACUGACUUCGCUUCUGAUUACGAAGUCUUACACUAGCAGGCUAGCACGCUGGACUUCAAGCUCGGCCAUAUCGUUUACUCUACGGAAGCUACAAGCAGUGUGCAAGUCAUUUCUGGGCCAGGGCCAGAUAGUUUCCAUGGUCGUUUCGCGGCCGUUGCUGACAUCGACGAGGAAUUCGUGCUGCUCGAUUCUGAAGAUGAGAAUGUUCCUAUCUGUGGCGCAGGGCGGCAGAGUUUUCCGGGGUGGAGUGGAUUUCACACCUCAGGGCAUGGGGGCAAAACUCUCGGACACGAUAUCGGCUUCUGCAAGAUGGAAUUCACCGUCGAUUGGUCCCUUUUCUCUUACAGUGCGACUUAGCUAGCUGUGCUGUACUGCUGCUAGUUUACUGUUUAGUUGCUGCAAGUACUGGUGCUGCAUUUGCGAGGUGAGGUGGUAUACUGGUAUUUUAA